GACAAGACGGGCGCCACUCCGCUGUUCGUGGCGGUGCAUUGCGACCAGGCGAAUGUGGCCUUCUUCCUGGCUGGGAGAGGGGCGGCACUGGAGGUCGCGACCAAGGACGGCGAGACGCCCCUGUCCAUAGCCGGGGAGAACGGCCCCGCGCUCCGGCAGGCGGCGCAACAAGGCAUGGAGAUGGACUGA